GCAACUGAUUACUUUCCAGCUUCUCCACGCCGCUGGCUGGGUCUACAAUCAGCCCCCACCUCUCUCUCCUGACCGCGCAACGCAACCCGAGCUCAGGGUCUUUUGUGAAAAUCAAGGCCGGGGUUUCUAGGCCUCCCAGAGAGGGGAGGGUCUUUUAGAACUGAAAAGGGAUGGGGGCGGUAAUAGUACUCACUUGCCCUCCUGGCAGUCGUAAAGGACGAUGGAGUCGUCGUCGCUGCUGGAGAUGAGCGUCUCUCCGUUGGGAACUGUGAAAUAACAGCUAUGAGAAUUGAAGGUUUAAUUUGAUGCUGCAUCCGUGCUUGCUACACUGCAGAACUGAAUAACUUCUUGCUGGUUCCCACUUGGUCUCUGCCAGGAUGAAAUUACUCAGCAAUCAAUGAAUCUCAGUGGUUAAGAUGGUCACUGCAUUUGGAAGAUACUUGUGGCUUCAUUCCAACUAUCGACUCAUUUACAAGACCUGGAAGCCAAAGAGGCUUCAUCUUCACAGUGCUUCUGUAAUUAAUAAAGAAAUGUCCCUUCGGCAGCAUGGUCUGCAGAUCUUUCAGGCAGCAAUCAAUGCCGUUUUGCCUCAAAACAUGAUCAAGAAGAAUAUUAGUAUAGAAGGAGACAGGUUGAUGAUACAAAAUCGGUGCUUCCCUGUCCAUAAAAAUGUCUACCUUGUUGGAUUUGGAAAGGCUGUGUUGGGAAUGGCAGCUGCUAUGGAAGAGAUCUUGGGAGACCAUCUGCUCCAAGGAGUGAUCAGUAUUCCUCUUAGCAUUCAAAGGAUUCUUUGUGAGGCAGGAAAAGAGGACAUGCUUUUAAAACCUAAUACAAAAAUACAAGCAAUGGAAGGAGCCAGACAUAACCUCCCUGAUGAGAAUGCUUUAAAGGCAGCCAACACUAUCCGUCAUUUAGUGGAAGGACUUGCUGCAGAUGACCUGCUGUUUGUGCUUAUCUCAGGUGGGGGAUCAGCUUUAUUGCCAGCUCCAAUUCCCCCUAUCACUUUGGAGGAGAAACAAUACCUGACCAAACAACUUGCUGCUAAGGGGGCAACAAUUCAGGAACUCAAUACAGUGCGCAAGAUGCUAUCAGUGUUGAAGGGUGGAGGUUUGGCAAGGGCUGCCUAUCCUGCACAGGUGGUGAGUCUCAUCAUGUCUGAUGUUAUUGGCGACAAUUUGGAGUUUGUAGCCAGUGGCCCAACUGUACUUAACUUACAAAGCAAAGAUGACUGUCACAAGAUACUGUCAAAAUAUAACUUAUCCAUGCCAGAAUCUGUAAAAGAAGUUCUGUCUCAGUCCAGCAUGAAAAUGGACAAAGAGGAAAUCCAAACGUUUGAUCAUGUUUGUAAUUUUAUAGUGGGAUCAAAUGCAAUUGCCUUAGAGGAAGCAAAACGCAAAUCAGAAAGCUUGGGUUAUAACACUUCUGUCCUGUCUACUGUAGUCAGUGGAGAUGUCAGGACUGUGGCCAAAUUGUACAGUCUUUUGAUUAGAUAUGUGUAUUCAGUUCUGGCAGCUGCCAGUUCAAAAUACGUACAUGUAAGCAAACUGAAAGAUGAGAUCCUGCAGAUGGUCGUAAACAUGGAGCUUCCUGACUUUCAACUAGACGGCUGUUUGAAACUGUUGGAGGAGGCACAGAGUUCCAAGAAAUCAAUAUGUCUUUUGGCAGGGGGUGAAACUACAGUUCAACUCCAGGGUAAAGGUAAAGGGGGUCGAAAUCAAGAGCUGGCCUUGCAUGUGGCGUUGGAACUUCACCGUGCAAAAUCAAAGAUUCCACAAGAUCUACUUACAAAACAUGAAGUUAUUUUUCUUAGUGCCGGGACUGAUGGACAGGAUGGGCCCACUGAAGCAGCUGGUGCAUUUGCUUACGGUGACCUGGUUGACAAGGCUUUUGCUGAAGGGCUCAACCCAGAGGACUUUUUAAACAACAAUGACUCCUUUACCUUCUUUAACAAGUUUAAUAAUGGAGUGGAUCUCAUUGUGACAGGACUGACAAACACCAAUGUUAUGGAUGUGCAAGCAAUUAUUAUUCAAUACAAUGAAAUUUAAAUCAAGCAUUAGCCUUUCACUCAACAUAAAGGGAGAUGAAGAAGUAUUUAAUUUCUUUAAAAAGGGACAUAAUAUUGUACUCACAUAGCAUUUUAUCAGCAGAAUAAAUAUCAGUAAAGGGAACAAGGAUGUAUGUAUAGUUUUCAUGUGUUGAGCAUUGGCAUUACAUGUUAAAGCGAAUGAUGUUGGAUCAGAUGUGCCACAAGCUGGCAGCAUUUUGAGAGCCAUUAUUGCAUACCUCACAAACAAAGCUAUUCAAAUAAAGAUGUAAACAUUCAAGUUUUCCUCAAAUCAGUGUUCUAAGAGCUAGCCAACAUUUUUUGACACAAGCCAUGGUUGUAAUUUUUUUUAGAAUUUUAAGGGUUUGUAAGUUACAUACCUAAUUCCACCAGUAACCCAAUAAAACAAAACUGAAUUGGAAUUUAUAUCCAGAAUCAACAGAAAAAGCAGACUACUGGGAAUUGUUUUUGGUGUAUGGCAUUAGGGAAGACCCUGCGAUAGCUGCAUACCUAUUUGCAACAUCGUGUUGAAUACCUUUGGAUAAACCAGAAGGGACCCAAACUCAAUCUCUUGUUUUAAGACCAUAAGAUAUAGGAGCAAAAUUAGGCCGUUCAGCCCAUCCUGCUCUGCCAAACGAUCAUGGCUGAUGUGUUUCUCAUUUUCCGGCCUUUUCCCCUUGACCUUUAAUCUCCUUACUAAUCAGUAAUGUAUCUAUCUCUGUCUUAAAGACAUUCAAAUGAUCUGGCCUCCAUAGACCUGCAGCAAUGAGUUCCACAGA